AUGGCACAGGUGAGGACUCUGCAUAAAAUCAUGGCCCUUUUUUCUGUUAACAGCAUAGCUGCUGUGAACAACUCUGACACUCGCAUAGCAGGCUGCUUCCUUACUGGCAUCCCUGGGCUGGAGCACCUACACAUCUGGCUAUCCAUCCCCUGCUGCAUCAUGUACAUUGCCGCCCUGGCAGGCAAUGGCAUCCUAAUUUGUGUCAUCCUCUCCCAGGCAAUCCUGUAUGAGCCCAUGUACAUAUUCUUAUCCCUGCUGGCUAGUGCUGAUGUUUUGCUCUCUACCACCACCAUGCCUAAGGCCCUGGCCAAUUUGUGGCUAGGUUAUAGCCACGUUUCCUUUGAUGGCUGCCUCACUCAGAUGUUCUUCAUUCACUUCCUCUUUGUGGCUGACUCUGUUGUCCUGGCGGCCAUGGCCUUUGAUCGCUACGUGGCCAUCUGCUCCCCGCUGAGAUAUGUCACGAUCCUCACAAGCAAGGUCAUUGGGAAGAUUGCCGCUGCCAUCCUGAGCUGCAGGUUCAUCGUUAUAUUUCCAUCCAUCUUUCUCCUCAAGCGCCUGCACUAUUGCCGGAUCAACAUCAUUGCACACACAUUUUGUGAGCACAUGGGCAUUGCCCACCUCUCCUGUUCUGAUAUCUCCAUCAAUGUCUGGUAUGGGUUGGCAGCUGCUCUUCUCUCCACAGGCCUGGACAUCAUCCUUAUUACUGUUUCCUACAUCCACAUCCUCCAAGCAGUCUUCCACCUCCCUUCUCAAGAUGCCCGCUCCAAGGCCCUGAGUACCUGUGGAUCCCAUGUCUGUGUCAUCCUACUCUUCUAUGUCCCUGCCCUUUUUUCUGUCUUUGCCUAUAGGUUUGGUGGGAGAAGCAUCCCACGCUAUGUCCAUAUUCUCCUGGCCAACCUCUACGUUGUCAUUCCUCCUAUGCUCAAUCCCAUUAUUUAUGGAGUGAGGACCAAGCAAAUACUGGAAGGGGCUAAGCAGAUGUUUUCAAAUCUUGCCAAAGGAUCUAAAUAA